UUGGAUAGUGCGUGGAAGACAAUGGGGGACAUCAAGAUCCUUCCUAUUCUUUCAGCGACGCUCCUCGUUGCUUGCUUGUUGCAGGCAUGCUUUAUGACGGGCGUUCACUGCGACGGAACUCCUGCCGCCUCGGCUACCGCCGAUGGGGACCUCGGAACCGACAAGGCUGCCUCGACGCUCAGCUAUGACGGCUUCAGCGCGGAGGAGAAGAAGGCCCUCGAGCAGGGUGGACAAAAACAAGAGUUCCAGGCCGAAGUCGGUCGUCUCAUGGACAUCAUCAUCAACUCGCUCUACUCCAAGAAGGAGAUCUUCUUGCGUGAGCUCAUCUCCAACGCUUCCGAUGCCCUGGACAAGAUCCGCUUCCUCUCGCUCACCGACCCCAAGGUUCUUGGAGAGGGUGAUCAGUCGAAGUUGGAGAUCCGUAUCGAAGCUGACAAGGAAGCUGGAACCAUCAGCAUCAGCGACACUGGUAUCGGCAUGACCCGCGAAGACCUCAUGAACAACCUUGGAACUAUCGCCAAGUCCGGAACCUCCUCCUUCUUGGAGAAGAUGGCCAAGGAGGGCGACAUGAAUCUCAUCGGUCAGUUCGGCGUUGGUUUCUACUCCGUGUACCUCGUCGCUGAUUCAGUGACCGUCGUCACUAAGCACAACGACGAUGACCAGCACGUGUGGGUCUCCCAGGCGGACGCUUCCUUCACUGUUGCCAAGGAUCCCCGCGGAAACACUCUUGGCCGCGGAACCAAGAUCACCAUGAAGGUGAAGGAGGACGCUACUGAGUUCCUCGAGGAGGACCAGCUCCGUACCCUCAUCAAGCGCUACUCUGAGUUCAUCAACUUCCCCAUCUACCUCCAGACUACCAAGACUGAGGAGGUUGAGGUUCCUGAUGAGGAUGCCGAGAAGAAGGAUGAGGAGAAGAAGGACGAGGAGAAGAAGGAGGAGAAGAAGGAUGAGGACGAUGUUGACGUCUCUGAUGUUGAGGAGGAGGAUGAGUCCAAGGAGGACAAGGACAAGCCCAAGACCAAGAAGGUCAAGAAGACCAGUAAGGAGUGGGAGCUUGUCAACGACACCAAGGCCAUCUGGGUUCGCUCCCCCAGUGACGUGAAGGAUGAUGAGUACAACAACUUCUUCAAGUCUCUCACCAAGGAGUUCGACGAUCCUCUCGACAAGAUCCACUUCACUGCGGAGGGAGAGAUCCAGUUCCGCUCCAUCCUCUUCAUCCCCAAGAAGGCUCCUUCGGACCUCUUCGACAAGCUGCAGACCAAGCAGAACAACCUUCGUCUCUACGUUCGCCGCGUCUUCAUCUCCGACGAGUUCGACGAUCUCAUGCCAAGAUACCUCAGCUUCAUCCGUGGUGUUGUUGACAGUGAGGACUUGCCCCUCAACGUGUCCCGUGAGAUGCUCCAGCAGUCUCGUGUCCUCAAGGUUAUCAAGAAGAAGCUUGUCAGCAAGGCUCUCGACAUGAUGAAGAAGCUCUCUGAGGCUGAGGAGAACGCCAUCGAGGCUGAGGAGGAGGAGGACAAGGAGGAGGAGGACAAGGCUAAGGCCGAGGCCGCUGGCAAGGAGGAGAAGAAGGAGGAGGACAAGGAGGAGGAGGAAGAGGAGGGAGAGAGUGAGGACGGCGAGGAGGCCAUCAAGAAGUACAAGGACUUCCACGAGUCCUUCGGCAAGGCCAUCAAGCUCGGCAUCAUCGAGGACACCAAGAACAGAAAGAAGCUCGCCAAGCUCCUCCGCUUCGAGUCCACCCGCACCAAGGACGGAGAGACCGUCUCCCUCUCCCGUUAUGUGAAGAGGAUGAAGGAGGGACAGAAGCACAUCUACUACAUUGCUGGCGACAGCAAGAAGGACCUUGAGGCCUCUCCCUUCCUUGAGAAGCUCAAGAAGCGCGGCUACGAGGUCAUCUUCAUGACCGACCCCAUCGACGAGUACGCCGUUCAGCACAUGGACGAGUACGAGGACCACAAGCUCAUGAACGCAGCCAAGGAGGACCUUAAGUUCGGAGACAAGGAGGAGAAGAAGGAGAAGAAGAGGAGGGAGAAGGCCAAGGAGAACCUCAAGGACCUCAUCGAGUGGUACAAGAAGCUCCUCGGUGACAAGGUGGAGAAGCUCGUCAUCUCCAACCGCCUCACCACCUCCCCCAUGGCCGUUGUCACUGGAACCUACGGCUACACCGCUAACAUGGAGCGCUUGAUGAAGGCCCAGGCCCUCAACGAUCCCUCCAGGUACAGCUUCAUGGCCUCCAAGAAGACUGUGGAGAUCAACCCCUACCACCCUGUAAUCAUCGAGCUCAACAAGAAAGCCAAGGACUCCCCUGAGGACGAUGAGACCAAGGACCUCGCCAACGUGCUCUACGACAGCGCUCUCAUCACUGCCGGAUUCGACAUCGACGACUCGAGCGCCUUCCAGAGCAGGAUGCUCAAGAUGCUCAAGGCUGGCCUCAAGAUCGACGAGGAUGCCAAGGUCGAGGAGGAGCCCGAGGACGACGGAGAGGAGGAGGAGGAGGAGAAGAAGGAGGAUUCUGAGGAGAAGAAGGAGGAGCUAUAAGCGGUGAAAGAAUGUUAGAUUGAUUAAAACCAAGUAACG